UCCUCCCACCCGGCGAACCCGGAAGUGGAGGAGGAGGCGCGGUGGCUGUCGCUGUGGCAGAGCUGGCGGACGCUGGUGGAGCCGUACCCGGGAGCGUGUCUGGGGCUGGGGUCCGGGGGCGGGGCUGAGCGGCCUGGGCCGCCUGGCCUGGACGGGGCGGGGGAGGCCAUGGCCUCAGCAGAGUUGCAGGGGAAGUACCAGAAGCUGGCCCAGGAGUACUCGAAGCUGCGGGCUCAGAAUCAGGUCCUAAAAAAAGGCGUGGUGGAUGAACAAGCAAAUUCUGCUGCUUUAAAGGAACAACUGAAAAUGAAGGAUCAGUCAUUGAGAAAACUACAACAGGAAAUGGACAGUUUGACAUUUCGAAAUCUGCAACUUGCCAAGAGGGUAGAACUUCUUCAAGAUGAAUUGGCUCUAAAUGAACCCCGAGGCAAGAAAAACAAGAAAAGUGGAGAAUCUUCCUCUCAGUUGAGUCAAGAGCAGAAGAGUGUAUUUGAUGAAGAUCUACAAAAGAAGAUAGAAGAGAACGAACGGUUGCACAUACAAUUCUUUGAAGCUGAUGAGCAGCACAAACACGUGGAGGCAGAGCUAAGGAAUCGGCUGACCACACUGGAGACGGAGGCUGCCCAGAACCAAUCAGUGGUCGAUGGCCUGACUCGGAAGUACAUGGAAACCAUUGAGAAACUGCAGAACGACAAGGCGAAACUCGAAGUAAAAUCUCAGGUCCUAGAAAAGGAGGCCAAGGAAUGUCGACUUCGAACAGAAGAAUGUCAAUUGCAGUUAAAGAAUCUUCACGAAGAUUUGUCAGGUAGAUUAGAGGAAUCCUUAUUAAUCAUCAAUGAAAAAGUCCCUUUUAAUGAUACAAAAUAUAGUCAAUAUAAUGCCCUGAAUGUUCCACUCCACAAUAGAAGACAUCAGCUGAAGAUGCGAGAUAUUGCUGGGCAGGCCCUGGCUUUUGUUCAAGAUCUUGUGAUGGCUCUUCUGAAUUUUCACACCUAUACAGAACAGAGGAUUCAGAUUUUUCCUGUUGAUUCUGCCAUUGACACUAUAUCUCCAUUGAAUCAGAAGUUCUCACAGUACCUUCAUGAAAAUGCGGCCUACGUUCGCCCCCUUGAGGAAGGAAUGCUUCAUUUAUUUGAAAGUAUUACUGAGGAUACUGUGACAGUCCUGGAAACAACUGUGAAAUUGAAAAUUUUUUCAGAGCAUUUAACCUCCUACAUAUGUUUUCUUAGAAAGAUUCUUCCUUAUCAGUUAAAAAGUUUAGAAGAGGAAUGUGAAUCUUCCCUUUGCCCAUCUGCGUUAAGAGCCAGGAACCUAGAGUUGUCUCAGGAUAUGAAAAAGAUGACAGCUGUAUUUGAGAAGCUCCAAACUUACGUUGCUCUUCUUGCUUUGCCAAGUACAGCGCCAGAUGGACUCCUUCGGACAAACUACAGUUCUGUUUUAACAAAUGUUGGUGCUGCUCUGCAUGGAUUUCAUGAUGUCAUGAAAGAUAUUUCCAAACAUUAUAGUCAAAAAGCUACAAUAGAGCAUGAACUUCCAACAGCAACGCAGAAGCUAAUAACCACUAAUGACUGCAUCCUGUCAUCAGUAGUGGCGUUAACAAAUGGAGCAGGAAAGAUUGCAUCUUUCUUCAACAACAAUGUGGACUACUUCAUGGCUUCACUGAGCUAUGGGCCUAAGGCAGCGAGUGGAUUCAUUAGUCCUCUUUCAGCUGAAUGCAUGUUGCAGUACAAGAAAAAAGCUGCUACCUACAUGAAGGCUUUGAAAAAGCCCCUCGGAGACUCUGUGCCUUAUGAAGAAGCACUGGCAAACCGCCGGGUUCUUCUGAGUUCUACUGAAAGUCGAGAAGGCUUGGCACAACAGGUUCAACAAAGUUUGGAGAAGAUUUCUAAACUGGAGCAGGAAAAAGAGCAUUGGAUGUUGGAAGCACAGUUAGCCAAAAUCAAGCUAGAGAAAGAGAACCAGCGAAUUGCAGAUAAGCUAAGAAGUUCAAGUAGUGGGCAGCUGGUUGGUCUGGCUCAGGAAAGUGCUGCCACAGUGAAUGUUCCAGACCAGGAAGAAACCACAGCCAAGACUGUACCGGAGCCCAUUCAGAGCACCAGUCUGAUUGGAAUUUUAACCAAGACAUCUGACAGUGAGGUUCCAGAUGUGGAAUCUCGUGAAGACUUAAUUAAAAAUCAUUACAUGGCAAGGAUAGUGGAACUCACAUCUCAACUGCAGCUGGCUGACAGUAAGUCAGUGCAUUUUUAUGCUGAGUGCCGAGCACUCUCUAAAAGACUGGCCUUGGCUGAAAAGUCUAAAGAAACAUUGACAGAAGAGAUGAAACUGGCCAGUCAGAACAUCAGCAGACUUCAGGAUGAGCUGACAACCACCAAGAGGAGUUAUGAGGAUCAGUUAAGUAUGAUGAGUGACCACUUAUGCAGCAUGAACGAGACCUUGUCGAAGCAGAGAGAAGAGAUAGACACACUGAAGAUGUCCAGUAAGGGAAAUUCUAAAAAGAAUAAGAAUCGAUAGUUUACAGAAGGCUGGUUGGUGAUGUUCCUCCUGGAGCUGCUGCCGCGCUGCCCAGAUUUGUGGGGCCGAGACUCCACGUCCACACCGGGCUCCGCAUUCAGGAAGCUGAAGUGUGGUUGGACCCAGUGCACUAGUCAGUGUUGUACAUGGCUUUGAAACAUUUAAAAUAUAUUUGUGACCAGUGAGGCAAAUAUAGAGUUUGAUGUUGACAGUAAAAUGGAAAAUAGUACAUAUUCCAUGGAUAUUAUAGGUUUCCUUAAACUGUUUUUACUGUGCACUUUUUAAAAUUAGGUUUUAAUUUCCAUAUGUAAGAACAACAACUCUUUUGUAUAUUUUCAAGACUCAAUUAUAUGGUAAUCAAUUUGGUAUGUAUGGAAUAGAUAUGUUUCUGGAUAAAAGACUUACAUUGUCAAAUUGUCAUUGCCUAUUACCUGUGGCUAUAAUUGAAAGCAGUCUCCAGAUUCUUUUCAAAGACUCCCUCAUUAUCUCUUUCUCUCUCUUCCUCAUUCUCUCUCUCAGGUGGAGAGAGAGUGAGUCUUGCAAAUUUCAGAUCUUGUGGAUUUAUUACCAUUGUCUUCAGCUCUUCAGUCAUCCUGUGUUAGAAUAAUAGCUAAGAAAUUGAUGUCAAUAAAUUCAUACUUAUAUCA